UCUCUGCUGAUUGUCAUAAAAGAGCAACACACCAGUAGCAAGUAGCAUAAAUUAAUCACCAUCACCAUCACUCAACCGGUAUUAGGUGAAUAAUUGUACUAAGACUACGAUUCUCAGAACAGAGACUGUGUUUGUGAUUACAGAACGCGAUAGUGCUUGCUAGUGGGCCGAUCCCGUGGUAAUCGCUGUCAAUUUAAAACCAACUAGCAUAGCCAUCAGUUAAAUAAAGAGUACACAAAUUUAUUUUUAUUUGUUUAUUAACUAAGAAUAUAAUAAAGAUGGCUGAUAACAAGGAACCACCACCACUAUUUGAUCAAGUUGACAUUAACAGAGACAAUGAGCUGGAGGAUGAUGAUGAAGAUAUUUUUGCUUCUGCUAUCCAGGAUCAAAAUCCACUGACCAAUUCUUCUUUCAAUGGAGUAUCAGUGACAGCUGAGCUUCCUAAAUUGUCUUUACGAGAUGCACCUGACGACAAUUCGUAUUCUACGGUGUCAAGUCCAGCUCCAGGACCUCUGAGUUCGCCACUGGGUAUGUCUGAAGACAUGGGAGAUCUUCAUGAAGUGCCAAUUAAUGAUGAAGCGACUGGACAAUCGCUUAAACAGUCUCAAUCUCUUGAAGAAGUGCCGACAGAAUCGACGGAAACUCUAUUAAAAAUAACAGUAACAUCUCCACAAAAAAUCGGCGAAGGAAUGAGUGCCUAUGUCGUGUACAGAGUUGAAACAAAAACCAACAUGCCUAUUUUCCGAAAGAGAAGUUUCAGCGUUAUCAGAAGAUUCAGCGAUUUCCUUGGGCUGCAUGAUAAGCUCGUCGAAAAAUAUCUGAGAAGCGGCAGAAUCAUUCCGCCAGCACCGGAGAAGAGCGUUAUCGGUAUGACGAAAAUAAAAAUGUCCGGUGAUAAAAGCCAGGAACAAAAUUCAAGCUCUACGGAAUUUAUCGAGAGACGCCGAGCUGCUUUGGAGCGUUAUUUAAAUAGAACAGCGACGCAUCCGGUUCUCAGCGUCGAUCCUGACUUCAGGGAAUUUUUAGAAGCUGAUAUGGAAUUACCGAAAGCUACGAGUACCUCGGCGUUGAGUGGUGCUGGAGUAAUGCGUCUCUUCAACAAAGUAGGCGAGACAAUGAACAAAAUAACUUACAAAAUGGAUGAAAGUGAUGGGGAGGGUAAGUGGUUCGAAGAAAAAACUGCUCAGAUAGACUCGCUGGACACCCAGCUAAGAGCACUACAUUCCGCUGUAGAAACUCUGACCAAUCAGCGACACGAAUUGGCCAAUUGCACUGGUGCCAGUGCAAAGUCGAUAGCAGUCCUAGGUCAUGGAGAAGUUGGAGUUUCCUUAGGGAGAGCCUUGGCUCAGUUGGCUGAGACUUUGGAAAAGGUCGAAGUUGUUCGACGCGCUCAGAGUAAUAGUGAUCUUUAUCAAUUUGGAGAAAUGUUGAGAGAUUAUGUCGCUCUUAUUGGUGCUAUUAAGGAUGUUUUCCAUGAACGAGUAAAAGUAUUCCAAAACUGGCAGCACGCUCAAAUGAUGUUAAACAAAAAACGCGAACAAAAAGCGCGACUGGAACAAGCAGGUAGAAGCGAUAAAACAACGCAAGCAGCUACUGAAGUCAUCGACUGGGAAGCGAAAGUAGACCGAGGUCAAGAAGAGUUUGAUAAUAUUUCCAAGAUGAUCAAAAAGGAAGUCGAACGAUUUGAAGUGUUGAGAGUCGACGAUUUUAAAAAACAGCUAACAGAAUAUUUGGAGACGAUGCUUCAGCAUCAAAACCAAUUAAUCAAACACUGGGAAAGCUUUUUACCCGAAGCCCGGGCUGUUGCAUAAAUAAUUCGUUCCAUUAUAAAAUUCCAAUUACUUUUACUUUAAAAAUUUUAUUUUAUUUUAUUAUAUUUUCGUUCUUAUCGUGCAAUUUCACGUUGAGUUGGUUUAAAUAAUUAUAUAUAUAAAUCGAUUAUACUGCUGUGUCUAUUUUUUAGCAGGUACCAUUAUGUCUACAUAAUUUUAAUUAAAAACUGUUUUUAUAAUUAA